UUAACUAUCUGAAAAGGACUGGAGCAAGUAACGCUAGUUAAAACGCUAACGUUAAAAACCCAAACGAACCAGCUGCUAAACUUUCAAAUGAUGAACCUAUAUAUUAGCUAUAAUUUUAGUUAAAUCAGAUUGGUGAAAUCAAAACAUUUUCUGAUAAUUGUAGCUAGUUUAUGCUUUAUAAAAAGGAAACCACUGAUUAUUUACUUUACUCUGAAGAUGAAAAUAGUGUGCAAUAGGAACUACAGCCUAAAGUCGGCUAAGUCUGAUGUGAGGAGUUGUGCUUCCCUGGUUGCCUAGACACAGGGCACUCCAAUCUUAGUCCUGGGUAGCACUUGGCUGAAGUCGCAGAGCUGCAAACGUGAACUGGUCCACGGUGAUGCUUUCAUUCAUUUAACACGUCAACUAAUUAUCUUGAGAAUAGGUUUUACGGUUAUUCAAAUGCACAUUUCAUUUAAAGGUGGAGUUGAAAUUCGCAGAUAGAAGAUCAUUAUUCACAACCCAAAAAUCUGUGGCAAGCUAAUUUGGCUCGCCCACUCAGCGAGUUAACAGUACGUCGAAUUCACGGAGAAAACAACUCCUAGCUAACUAGCUAAAGACGCUGCUUUCUGAUUGGCGGGAGUGGACCAGAGGGACGUGCUGAUUGGGCGCCGUGGCUUUGCUCUGAAGCGGAGCGGCGUCUCUCUUGGCAACCAGUUCUGGCACGGGCUCAGGCUGAGGAGGCUGGAGGUCACAGGUGUCAGUCAAGAGAAUCGAGUUUCUCCUUCAAUCAGAUGUCGUUCUGCCUGGCCGAGCUGCACUUGUGGUCCUCGAAGAGCGCCUUGCAUGUCAGCGAUACAGAUAUUGGCACGUACCAGUACUAUGACAAAGGAGAGCCAGUGAACCCCACCGACCACCACUACUUCACUGAGAAGCAGCACUUUACCGAGACUCGAGGGCUCAGCUGGACUCCCAGGAACUCCCGUCCUGAGAAACUGCGCGACUCCCUGAAGGAGCUUGAGGAGCUGCUGCAGGUCAGCCCGUGUGUUGGCUGCCGAUGGAGGAACACACGCUCCUGUCAGAUGCUGCUCAGCUCGGGGGUUCUGGUGACGCUGGGUCUGAGCGGGGCGCAGCUGGAGAGGGUGUGUGUGGACCGGGCCCUGGCAGGACGGCUGGGUGCCGACACCAUCAGCGACGCGGUGAUCACUGACAGGUUCCUGCUCCUCUCCUUCGUGGAGAAGAACAAGGUGUGUCUGGUGCACCUGCCCAAGAAGACUCAGGGCUCCCCGGAUCUGAGCAGACGGGCGGACAAGCUCUCCUUCUCCGAGCUCAAGAUCUCCAGUGUGGACCUGCCAGGUCCGGCUGGGCGCAGGCUGGGUCGGCGGGUGGUGUUGAACCGCUUGCAGGACAUGGGGGUUUGCUGGUGGCCAGCGGUUAAUGAGGAGUCCUGGCCUUGGUCUCCGGUCCCCAGCGAGGGAGACCGGGCCAACCUGGUGCUGCUGGGGUGCGGCGGGCCCGGCGGCCUGAAGGUGCUGAGCCGAAUCCGGACGGAGGGCGACCCCCUGGACUGCCGCUUCAGCCUGGCCCAGCCCUACCAGAUCCUGACGGUGGAGCUGGGGGCGGGGGAGAGCUCGGCGGACAGCUGCGUGUACGAGUGCGCCCGGGGGCGGCCCCAGCGCCUGUCCGUCACCAGCGUGCCCCUGUCCUCGCGCCCCGCGGCCUGCUGCCGCGACCCCUGGGAGAGCCGGCUCCUCCUGGGCCUGCGCGACUCGUCCCUGCUGCUGUACGACCCCCAGCGCGGGGUCACCCUCCUGGCCCAGGUGCCCAUGCUGCCCUCCUGCCUGGCCUGGCACCCGGCCGGGGGCCUGCUGCUGGUGGGCGACGGGCAGGGGGAGCUCCAGUGCUUCGACGCGGGGCUGUCUCCUCUCCGAAUGCAGCUGCUGGCGGAGGACCCGGCCCCCGGCCCCACCCUGCAGCUGUCCCGCCACCUGCGGGCCCCGGGGGGCCUGGCGGGGCUGCAGUGGGCCGCCCCACCGCCCGGCGCCGAGGGGUCCGAGGUGAGCGACCUGCUGUUCCUCCACUACCACGGUGGGCCUGUCGGAGCGCUCCGCUUCAGGCUGGGGGCCCUGAGCGGGGGCCAGCUGGGCCCGGGGGAGCUGCUGCAGGACCGGCUGCGCUGCGGCCAGGCCGAGGAGGCCCUGGGGCUGCUGGGGGCCAUGGACUGGAGCAUCAUGGGAGCCGAGUGCUACAGGGCGCUGGCCGCCAUCGCUGACCACCUGCUGCGGCAGGAGCUGGUCGAGGAGCGAGAAGCCCAAUUAGAGGCCACUCUGGGGACGUUCUACGCCCCGUCCCAGCCCCUGUCUGACACGGUGGUGCUGGAGUACAGGGACCCCAUCAGCAAGUACGCCCGCCGCUUCUUCCACCACCUGCUGAGGUACCAGCGGUUUGAGAAGGCCUUCCUGCUCGCGGUGGACAUUGGAGCGCGAGACUUGUUCAUGGACAUCCAUUACGUAGCUGGAGAUAAGGGGGAAUUGGUGCUGGCAGAGGUGGCGAAGAGGAAGGCUAAUGAAAUCGAUGCGGAAUCCUUAACAACCGGACCGGCAGGGGAGCAGGAGUGGAGCAGCACGUGUGACUCCUCCGCGCCGGACAGGCUGACGGACAGACGGUCGGACGCACAGCCGGGGCGGAGGUCUCAGGGCCUCGCCGAGGGGAGUGGUCGCACCUCGUACCGCGGCCAAUCACAGGACAGCCUGGGGUCACGAGCUGCCGGUAGAGGCAAGCAGACCAGACGGUUGGAUGGCGUCUUUCCCGGAGUUGUGCCAGGUGUUGACACCUGGGAUUGGGCACAAGCAGAAUUUAACCUUGAUGCCAGCGAGGAUCAGGUGACUGGAGAAACCGGAACACUGAAAGUUGUCCAUUUUGGUUUAGUUUAAACAGCCACUUGCUUUUUCUUUUAAUAAAUGUAUAGGCGAACAUUUUAUAAAACAAGGAGUACUUUUUGUUUUAUGUUAUGAUAGUUUGCGUAAAAAUGUAUUAUUUGAAUAUAAAUAUUUUAGAAAUAAUAACAUUUUGCCAUUUUAAAAUUAACGCUGGAACGUUAGGAUCGUGUGACUUGGAUAGUGUCAAUGGUCAAUGAGUAAAACGGUAAUAAAUUGCCUUAUUCCAUUAGGGGCAAUAAGCAAUAAGUGCGCAUGCCAAACUCGUGCCCGUGGCCGCUUCUCACAAUAGGCUAUAUGAAAAGCUCGGAAAUUAAUAAAACUGACUUUAUUUGAUUAAACAUGAAAUCAGCAGAAUAAUAUUAUAUGACCCGACAUUAAUGUUUUUAAGAUUCUAGGUAAUGUUUUUUAUAUACGAAAAAAUGUUUGCAAACAUUAUGCAUAAUAAAGAUAUUUUUUCAGUGCAA